ACGCCGCCUGCGCCUCUCACGCCGUCUGCACCUCCGCUCGACACAUAAUAGGCGGUAGUGCGGAUUUCCGAACCCUUUCGUCAUCACUACUGGCGCGGGCAGCGUGAGCCUAGCUCGACGAGUUUCCAAAAGCCAGCCACAAAGACCACUGUGCAGGGGAGCCUCUCACCGCACGCGCGGACCGAGAACGUAGACGCAGAGGCUGCCCGAGCCAGCAUGGGCAAGCCCAAGCCCCUCCCCGCCGUGGCCGAGGUGCCCCCGGAGGCGCUCGCCGAGGACCGGCGCCGCGCCGAGGCCAUGGUCGCGCUCGUCAAGGAGAUGACCAAGGGCGAGGACCGGCGCGAGCGCCUGCUGCGGCGCGCGCGGCCGAGCGACCAGAAGACGCUGCUGAAGCGCUUCGAGCGCGAGCGCGCGCGCGACGCGCAGCGCAUCCGCGAGCUGUCGCAGGAGCGCGAGGCGCUCCUGCGCGCGUCGGUCCGCGACGCCGCCGCGGCCUCGGCGCCGCCGCCGGCGCGGGACCUCGGCGGCGACUCCGACGACGAGCCGCCGCCGCCGCGGACGCUCGACUUCUCGCGGCCCGCCGCCCCCAAGAACCUCAUGACCGCGCAGAAGCUCGCGCAGGAGAAGGAGAUCAUCGACAAGUUCAACCGGCUCUGCCGCCCCGGCCCGCCGCGCCGCGCGCGCGCGCCGCCGGCGCCCGCGUCGACGCGGCGGACCGCACGCGCCGGCGGCGGCGCCACGGCGCGGCGGACCGCCGCGCUGAUGGAGAAGCGGACGCUCCUCGUGCGGCUCCAGGGCAUCGUCGAGGAGGAGUCGGCGCUCCGGGCCGGCGGCGCGACGACGCGGCGGUCGACCGCGCGGUCAGUCUUCCGGACGCCGGCGAGGCCGUCGUCGGCGCGGUCCGUCGCAACGACGGCCUCCUUCGCGACGGUGGGCUCGCGCGCGGCCGCGCCGCCGCCGCGGCCGCGAGGGGUGCCGCGGCUGCGGCUUUGA